AUGAGCAUUAUUGAAGUCGGAGGGUUUAUUUAUGACACCACAUACACUUCCGAAGAGGACAUGCUACGGGGGUUUACAAUAGAAGGAAAAUGGAAUGAAGUAAUGAAACUAUACGAAUCUGAUCCAAAAUUCAGCACAAUAAACAUCAACGAAAGUAGAGGAACAGCACUACAUGUGGCAGUAAAUGAUGACAAUGAAAUAGUUGUUAGAAAUCUUGUUAAUUCAAUCAUAAUUCACAAAAAUGAAAAGGCCCUUGAAUGGAAGAAUGAAAAGGGUGACACUCCAUUGCACCUUGCAGCAUCAAGAGGAUUCAAAGAUAUAUGUGAAUGUAUAAUUGGAAAAAAUGGUGAAAGGAAGCAUUUGAUUGAUAUCGAUAACAAUGACGGAGAGAGUCCUUUGUUUCUUGCUGCAUUGUCUUGGCAAAAACAAACGUUUGUUUAUCUCUUCAACUUUAAACCAAGUGAGAGUGAUUCUGCUGUUGAUGGUAAUUAUUCUUAUUCUAAAGAUCUUAUCAGAAGCAAUGGAGAUAGUAUUCUUCACUGUGCUAUCAGAAGAGAAUUUUUCGAUUUGGCGCUUAUAAUUAUACAUAAAUAUCCCGAUCUUAUUGUCAUUCCAAACAGACACGGAUUUAGUCCUCUCAAACUUCUUGCUACUAGGCCCUCAGCAUUCAAAAGUGGAUGCACAAUGAUAUGGUGGAGGAGGAUUCUGUACCAUUGUUUACCUGUGGGAAUCCUAAAAGUCGAAGAAGCUGUCAAAUAUUAUGCCAUGAAACGAUCCAAGUCAAUCUCAAACAAAAAAUGUCCAAAGAACUAUGACACAUGUUAUUUCUUUCUUCAUAAAUGUAAAGAAUAUGCUGAUCCAGUUACACGCUUUGUUAAGCGACUGCUGAUGAAAGAAACUACUUCUACUGUUGCAGAUGGAUCUGAAAAUUAUCAACAUCGCAAUAUACCAAUGGAAUCGGAACACAAACUUCUUCCAAAAAACUAUGCUACAUGUCUUUGGUUUAUGAAGUUUGCAAACAUCUAUACCCUUGGCCUUUCAGGAGUAGGGGUUGAAGAGAUCACAAAGAUGAAACAAAAACACAAAUGGAGUGGUCAACUAUUGAAAAGAUUUAUGGAGAACCCUUACGAAUCGUAUUUGGGAACCGGCGCCAAACCGACACGAUAUGAAAGCGGAGCUGAUUUUAUUUCUGCUUACAAUCAAAACCAAGGAGAUAAUAACAGUGAGGAGCCAAAGAUUUCUGCGACGCUGGAAAAUGAGACAACAAUUUUGACAAAAGCAAAAAGUGGCAUAGUUGAAAUAGUGGAUGUGCUUAUAAAAAAAAUACCAAAGAUUUGUACGACGCUUGAAAGUGAGGCAGCGAUUUUGACAAAAGCAAAACAUGACAUAGUUGAGAUAGUGGAUGAGCUUAUAACAAAAAUACCAAAGAUUUCUGAGACACUGGAAAGUGAGACAGCGAUUUUGACAGCAGCAAGAAAUGGCAUAGUUGAAAUAGUGGAUGAGCUUAUAACAAAAAUUCCAAGUUCAAUAUACGAUGUUAACUUGGAAAACAAAAAUGUAUUGCUUGUGGCAGUUGAGAACAGAAGAACCAAUGUAGUUAAGGCAUUAAGAAAACGGUUUGAAGAGGGUAAUAAAAAGACAAUAUUUGAUAACUUAGUCCAAGGUGUGGACAUGGAAGAGAACACUGUGUUACAUUUAGCAGCAACGAGAAGCGAUCGAGAUUGGCACAUUCCUGGAGCUGCUUUGCAAAUGAUGUGGAAUAUCAAAUGGUUUCAGUACACUAAAGAACUAGUGCCAGAGCAUUUCACAGUUAGAACAAACAAAAAGGAUAAAACAGCAGGAGAAUUAUUCAAAAACUCACAUGCAAAACUGUUAAAAGAGGGUAGUGCAUGGCUCAAAGACACUUCGGAGUCUUGUUCUGUAGUAGCAGCACUCCUUGCAGGCGUUUCCUUCGCUACGUCAAGCACUGUGCCAGGCGGGAACCAAAGUGACACAGGCGAACCAACAUUAGAAGGAAGGCCUGCAUUUGAUGCAUUUGCUUUCUCUUCAGUAAUUGGUCUUUGUUUCUCUGUCACUGCACUCAUAAUGUUCCUUUCUAUACUCACCUCUCGAAAAGAAGCUAAAGAUUUCAGAAUUGAUUUGCCAAGGAAACUUCUUUUGGGAUUGAGUUCUCUUUUCUUGUCGAUUGUUGCAAUGUUUGUUGCUUUCUGUUCUGGCCAUUUCUUUUUGAUUGACCACAAGUUCAAGCACAUUGUGUUACUGAUUUAUGGAGUCACUUGCUUCCCUGUGACUUUAUAUGCAGUAGCACAACUUCCGCUUUAUAUUGAUCUUCUGAAAGGUAUUGUAACCAAUGUGCCAAAGACAAGUGAUAAGGGAGAGGGCUUUUAA